AUGGAAGGAUGGCUCGUGCUGCCGAACUUCUAUGAAGGCCUCACGGUCAUGUGCAAGGGGCACGUCGAUGCCGCAGCUGGAGGUGCAUUCCUCUCCCUUACCAUCACUCAGGCCACAGCCCUCAUCGAGAAGAUGGUGGCUAACCAGAGUUGGGGAGAGGGACGCAUGACACAAAAAGGCAUGCAUACCGUCAAGGAGACGGAUUUGCUUGCUGCAAAAACAGAUAUACUCAUGAAGAGGUUGGAAGGACGUGCCACCGAUCCAGCUACCGGUUUCGCCAACAACAACAGCAAGGUAAUGGGUGGAACAACCAAAAUCGCCCCCAAGGCCAAGAUAAAUGAAAACCUUGUUAAAAAGCUUUCCUUUAAUGAUAAAAUGUUUGAAAACAUAAACACCAAGUUUGAUGGCCCGACCACCUCAUUUAAAGAACAAGCAUCUUUCAAUAAAAGAGUAACGUCUCAGAUAGAUCAGCUUGCUUCUGCUCCUAAGUCUGCUGCUAGUGUUGAAAAUGUUAGUUCGGUGACCACGAGAGGGGGUAAGACCACUCGUGAUCCACCAAACCCUAACCAUGGUACAGCUAAGACUCCGCGUCAACAAGAACAAACAUCUGCUGAGCCGGUUGAUCCUCAAGACAAAUCAACAGAUGAGGAACCGACUCCAGAAGUUUAUGGGGACACCACGAUGCUUCCUUUCCCCACCAGGUGGAGGAAGAAGAAGAAGGACGGAGAAGAGCAAUUUCUCCGCUUUGUGGAAAUGGUCGAGAAGACAAACGUCAGCGUCCCGCUGAUGGAUGUCUUGCACAUACCAUCCUAUGUUAAGUUUAUCAAGGAUAUCAUCAACAACAAGCGACCAUUACCCUCCGCAGAAGUCGUCAAGCUGACAAAAGAGUGUAGCGCAGCUAUACUCAACCAUCUACCUAAGAAGAAGCAAGAUCCUGGGUGCCCCACAAUUACAUGCUCAAUAGGCACCCAACAUUUUGAUCAUGCCUUAUGUGAUCUUGGGGCGAGUGUGAGCGUCAUGCCGAAAUCAGUCUUUGAUAGGCUAAACUUCACCAACUUGGAACCAACCAACAUGACACUCCAGUUAGCGGACUCGUCAGUUCGGUACCCAGCAGGGAUUGCCCAAGACAUCCCUGUUAAGAUCAGAGGAUAUUACGUCCCCGUGGAUUUUGUGGUGUUAAAUAUGGAACUCACCAAGGAGACACCACUAAUCCUCUGA